GAAUGGAUAGACGGUGUGGAUAAAACCCAUACAUCACGGUGGCCCCUUGGAGCCCUCCCCUCGUCCUUUCCUGUUUAGCGACGGGCGAGACGAAUCGCAUCUUCAAUUUCUCCUCGCGCGAAAGCAUUUCCCAACCAGAUGACUCCAAAAACCCGCCCUCUCUUUUUCUCUCUCUCUCUCUUCCUGAGAUAAUAUAGACCGAAACGCGAUCCGAUAAUCCGUUGACGCGUUGAGAGGAAGAGAGAGAUGGCGGUACAGUGGGUGCUGGUGGGCCAUGGCCUGCUGACACUGCUGGUCGUGAUCUCGUUCCUGUGCGGGCAAUGGCCUAUCUUCCAAGGGACCAUCAUCGAGCGAAUCCAUCACUUCAUCACCUUCGGCGCCUAUGACUAUUUCCUACGAUUUGCAGUGGUUAUAUGUGGUUCCAAAGGCAGAAAUGCAAUCCUCUCUGUUGAGAAUUAUUGUUGUGAUCGGCCGAAUCCAAUCUUACAGAUCAUAUAUCUGGCCAUAAUUGGAGUUACUUAUUUUUUAAUUGUGAAGUCAUCCUUCAGCUAUAUUCCUGGUUAUUAUCUUAGUGGAGUGCACAGGUACACAAGCUUCUUGGCAGUUGGUGUGGGUGUUCUCCUCUUUCUAUUGACUAGCUUUUCUGAUCCAGGAACUGUUAAGGCCGAGAAUGUUUCUGAAUACCUCUCUGCUUAUCCCUAUGACAAUAUCAUAUUUACGGAGAAAGAAUGUUCAACUUGCAAGAUUCUGAGACCUGCUAGGUCCAAACACUGCCGCAUAUGUGAUCGUUGUGUUGCUCGAUUUGACCACCACUGCGGAUGGAUGAAUAAUUGCAUUGGGGAGAAAAAUAUCCGAUAUUUCAUGGCUUUUCUUCUCUGGCAUUUCUUUCUUUGUAUAUAUGGAACAAUCACCCUUGGGUUGGUUCUUGCUGGUGAAUUAAAAGAGCGCCAGGUGAUUUCAAUUCUAACAGUUUAUUAUGGCGUCGAAAAUUCGUUCUACAGUUUAUCUCCUCAUGUUGUACAGUGGCUAUUGAGUUCGCAUAACACACAGAUACUACUAAUGGUGUUCCUCGCCAUAGUUUCCCUGCUAUUGGUGGGCUUCUUUGGAUACCACACCCAUCUUUGCCUUACAAACAUGACUACAAAUGAGACUUUCAAGUGGCAAGACUACAUAAGCUGGAAAAUGAAGUUAAAUGAAGCGAAGGCUAGCAGUGCAGCUUUGAAGGCUAGUAUUCAUGCAAUGAAUGGUGAAGGAAAGCCUCCGGAGAGCAAAUGGAGGAUGUUUUUCCGAAGAUCAUCGUUGAAGAACAAAGAGGUGGUUGUUAAGGAUAACAUAUAUGAUAGAGGAGCCUUCCGCAAUCUUCUUGAGAUCAUGUGCCCAUUGUCAGGGAGACGGUCAUCUUUAUACAGGAAAUUGAAAUGAGAAAAUUGUAGGCAGUUACUUGUUUGGGUAUGUCUGUAUGCGGAUAUCAGUUCUUGUAGUGUAUAAUCUCAGUGAACAGAAGUGGGUUGGUUGGCAACUCUUAAUAUUUGCUUAAGAUGUGCCUGAUAUUGGUACCUGCAAGCGGGUGCCGAGGUAUGGAACAUGUAAAGAUUUUGAAGCCUUUGAAAUUUUGAAAUUGGCCUA